AUGAAAAGCGAGAUAAAUAAUAUAGAUAAUGUCCAAGAAAGCAAAUAUGAGGAUAUGGAUAGGGACUAUUAUAAUUGUAUAAAAAAUUGUGCAGCAGAUUUACAAAAUUUAUCAUUAAAUUUUUUUCCGUCCAUUAAUGCAUAUGCAUGUAUUCCAAAACUGAAUGCUAUAAAUUCGAUUACGUUUCAUCCUUGUAUUUCCACUAAAGAUUAUUUUAAUAAUACCUAUUCUUUUAAGCCUUUAUUUACCCAUCAUUUUUUUAGCGACAGUGAGCAGGUAAUCGGGUUCGAGUCGCUGAAAAUCGAUUUUUACUAUACAUGUGAUAACUAUGAAGUAUACAUGAAAUUGAGUGGUUCAAUAUCUGAUCAAUAUGAAAAUUAUAAUUAUAUUAUGUUAUUGCUUUUGCAAAGUUUGUAUAUUACUACCCCUUAUCCAGGAGGGUUUAUUGAAUCUGAAGAAGAAUUUUUAAAUAUUUUAAGAAGAAACGAAAUAAAAGAAGAUAAAAAUAAACAAAAAAAAACUAGAAGUAUAAAAGAUAAACAUUAUAAAAAUAUUGUAAAUAGAAAUAAUUAUAUUCCUCCUGGUUUUGUAAUAUAUGAAAAAAAACUUAGUGAAAAAAUAUAUUUGCAAAUAAGAAAAUGUGGAUUUUCACAAACAUAUUUUAAAUUAAAAAAUAAAAAUAAUAAUAUAUUGGAUGAAUCUGGAACUAUACGUGAUUCUUUUUGUGACAAUACUGAUAUUUUACUUCAAGCAAGUAAUAAUGCAAAUAUUAAUAAUUCUAUUAGAUUAGACAAAUCUGGGUCGAGUAAAAUUUAUGAUAAUGUGAAUGAAAAUGGGAAGGUAAAAUCUUUAGAUUCUAAUAACGGAUAUGAUAAUAAUAGUAAUACAUAUGAAAAUGACAACAAUACAUGUGAAAAUAAUAGUAAUAAUAAAAUUUCAAACAAUGAAAGCGUUUCUAAUAGUACAUAUAAAACUUCUAGUAACAAUAGUAACAUAUGUUUAAGCAAUAGUAGUACAUCUAUUGAAAAUGAAAAAACAGAUGGAGAAGAAAAAAAUGUUGUUAAAGAGAAUGGAAGUAUCGAAUUAAAUGUUAAAAGUAGAGAGAAUAUAUUUUCAGAAGAGAAUAUAAAACAUCGAGAAAUUGAUAGUGAUAAUAAAAAAGGGAAAAAGAAAUUUAUAAAAUAUGUUACAGAAAAAGAUUUAUCAAAAUUAUAUAGAGAAUAUUUAAAUAUCAUAAAAGAUAAGAAAAAAAAAGAUACUAUUUUAAAAGAUGUGAAAGAAAAAUCAAGUAGUCUUGAAAAAGCAAAUGAAUCUGAAAUGAGAUUAAAUAUGAAUAUAGAAAAUGUUGAAAAAACAGAAGAAGGUAAAAAAUCAAUUAUUAAAAAAGUAAUGAUGAAACCAAAAGAAAAUGUUAAAAAUAAUGAAAAAAUAGAUGAAGAAAAAAAAAAAAAAAGAGGAACAAUAGAAGAUAAAUAUAAUAAAUAUGAUUAUACAAUAAAAUCAAAUUUUGAAUUAUUACAUCGAAAAGUAGAAUGGUUUUAUCAUUGGUUCAUUGAAAGUGCAUCUAACAUUGAAUAUGAUUGUCGUUGGAAUGUUAUUCUUCCAUAUAUAGUAUUUAAACAAGAAAAUACGAAAAAUUUUAGUGAAAAUAAUUUUAUAGAUUCUCUAAAUACCUAUUUAAAUCAAGAAAGAGGAAUUGUUGGAAACAAAACAGAUGAUAAAAAAAAUGGUUGUGACAAUGAUGAAAAAAUAAAAAAUGUCGGAAAAAGAGGGUUUAGUGAAAUGAAUUCAAGCGUGAAAAGAAGAGAUUCUAAGAGUAAGCGAGCUAAAAAAGGUGAAGGUAAUACAAAUGAAAGUGGUCAGAUAAAAAAUGUUGUCAAUGUUGUCAGUGUUGGCAAUGCUGAAAAUGGUGAAAAUGGUGAAAAUGGUGAAAAUGCUGAAAAUAAAGAUGUCAACAAAAUUGAGAUGAAAGAAACAGAAUAUGUACUUACCCGUGAGGUAGUUAUGCAAGUUAUUAAUGAUACGUUGAAUAAUAAAUAUGAAAAAGAAGAAGAAGCUUAUUAUUCUUUUCAUAAAAAAUAUGAUGUUGUUUAUUUAUGUUCCGAUUUAAAGAAUGAUGAAAAUUUAUUAAUUUGUGAUAAAAUUGAAAGUGGCAAAAAUUGCGAAAUAGUAAAAUCUAAAGAAGAGAGUUCAGGAUCUGUAAUGAAUAUAGUUGAUGCAAAAAAAAAAAUAAUAAUAGAUCAAACAAAAAAUAAAAAAGGAAGAAGACGAAGCAAUAGUGAUAGUCGACAAGGAAAUAAUAAAGAAGAUAUUAAUAAAGAAGAUACUAAUGAAGAUGUUACAGAAUAUUUAUAUUAUUAUUAUUUAUUUGGAUUAGCAACAACAUAUACAUUUUUUACAUUUCAAUUUGAUAGAAAUCGAAUAUCUCAAUUUUUAAUUUUUCCACCUAUGCAAAAUAAAGGUUUAGGUAUGAAGGUUUUAGAAAAAAUUUACCAUUUAUCUAUUAUUAAUUCUAAUAUAAAAGAAAUUACUGUUGAAGAUCCAGCAGCAUCUUUUACACAUUUAAGAGAUAUUAUAACAAUAAAAAUAUGUAUUGAUUUAAAUAUUAUAAACCCGACUAUAUUAUAUCCUGAUGAAUAUUUAAAGACAAAGAAUAUCAAAAAAGAACAUGUAGAAUUAGAUAAAAAGAAAUUUAUAAAAGUGUGUAAAGAAACUAAUAAACAAAUUAUACGAAUGAUUGAAACCAUAUCUUUAGCGGGUGUUUUACCAUAUCCUGCUCCUUUAUAUAUUGAAAAUGAAGAUAAAUAUGUUCAUCUUCGAAAAAAAGAGAAAAAAAAUGAAAAUGUGAAUUUAGUAAAUUCAAUGGAAUAUUUCGAAGCUUCAGAUGCAUGUAAAGAUGUUCGAAUCAAAAUUAAAAAACGAAUAAAAAGCGACUACAUUGGGAGUUUGAUAAACAAAAAUACAAACUGCAUGUCUAGUGACGUUUUCCGAGAUUAUGUAAAGGAGGAGCUAAACAAGUUGUGGAAGAAGCAGUGCAAAGUAUAUUACAGAACCAUCAAAAAGUUGAGGUCGCUAUAUCCACUUUAA